AUGAACGACGCAAUAUUUGCGACUGCUCUCUCCUUCCUAGCCACAAUCUUCUCAAUCGUCAUCACUUCCAAGCUCCUAAUUUCACGGAAACGACGCCGCACAGACCGCCCGCCGAGCCCGCCUUCCCUUCCUUUCAUCGGCCACCUCCAUCUCCUGAAUCAACCGGUGCACAGAACUCUACAAGCCCUCUCAACAAAGUACGGCGCCGUUUUCUCCCUCGCCUUAGGCACCCGCAACGUUGUCGUCAUCUCGUCCCCUUCCUUAGCCGAGGAAUGCCUCGCCAAAAACGACCUCGUUUUCGCCAACCGGCCCGACGACCUCAUCGGGUGGAAGAUCUUCGCCUACAACUACACCACCUUGGGGACGGCCCCCUACGGCCCGCACUGGAUCAACCUCCGCCGCUUCUCCACCGUCGAGCUCCUCUCCGCCGACCGGCUCAACGCCUCGCUCCACGUCCGUCGCGACGAGGUCAGGCGCCUCGUCAGCGCCCUGCAGCGGCAAAGUCAGAAAUUGAAAUUAGAACCUGACUCCGCCACUGGCGAGGUCUGGUCGGGUUUUACCAAGGUGGCGAUGAGGUCGAGGUUGGUGGGGCUGGUGAUGAACAUGGUGAUGAGGAUGGUCGCCGGGAAGAGGUAUUUCGAUGAUGAGUCAUCGACGGAGGAAGGGGAGAGGUUUAAGGAACUGAUAGGUGAGGUGCUGGAGCUGAGUGCCACGUCGAAUCCGGGGGAUUUCUUGCCGGUGCUGAGGUGGAUUGGUUAUGGAGGGCUGGAGAGGAGGAUGUGGCGGGCUCAGGGGAAGAGCGAUGCUUUCUUCCAGCGUUUGAUUGAGGAGCAUCGGAGUAAUAAGCCGAGGGAGGAGGGCGGCGGUGGGAGGAAGACGACGAUGAUUGAUGCUAUGUUGUCUUUGCAGGAAUCUGAACCUGAAACGUAUACCGAUGAUGUCAUCAAAGGCCAGGCUAUGAUAGUUAUACUCGCCGGAACAGACACCACGGCGACCUUAAUCGAAUGGGUGAUGGCAGCUUUACUCAACCACCCAGAAAUCCUCAGCAAAGCCAGAACCGAGAUCGACAACGUCGUCGGCAACAGCCGAAUCGUAGAAGAGUCCGACUGCCCCAACUUGCCGUACCUACAACUCAUCAUCAAGGAGACAUUCCGCUUGUAUCCACCGGCACCAACCCUAAUGCCGCACCAAUCGUCGGAGGACUGCACCGUCGGCGGCUACUCCAUUGCCAAGGGAACCAUGUUGCUGAUCAAUGCAUGGGCUAUUCAUAGAGACGCCGCGAUAUGGAAAGACCCGACGAGGUUUCGGCCCGAGAGACACGGAGGAGGAGGAGGAGCGGGGGGGGUGGAUGGUUAUAAAUUGUUGUCGUAUGGCAUGGGAAGAAGGUCGUGCCCUGGCUCGGGGCUGGCGAGCCGGGCGGUGAGCGUGGCCGUGGGUGCUUUGAUUCAGUGCUUUGAGUGGGAGAGGAUUGGUGAGGAGUUGCUGGACAUGUCGGAAGGUCACGGGCUGACUAUGCCUAAGUUGGAGCCGUUGGAGGCCUUGUGUAGGAGUAGAGAGGUGAUGAAAGAUGUUUUGUUGAGCCUGUGA